CCGGCAGGGAGCGCGGCGGGCGGCGUGAGGAGAGCGGAGCGAGGGGGCCUCGAGCGGCGGGAGGGGGCGGCGGCGGGCGGAGGAGGCGGCGCUCCCCGGGCGGCCGGGCCGAUGCCUGCACCGGGCGCAGACUUGCCUGGGUAACACAAUGCCAGCUGAGCGCAAAAAGUCAGCAAAUAUGGAUGAAAAAGAAUCUCUGCUAAAUAAUAAAGAAAAAGAAUUUGUUGAAAGGCGACCGGUGAGCACCAGGGAGAAGCCAAAAGAUGACGUCAAAGUUGGGGUAAAGAGAGAGACUGUAAAGGUUCCUGAAGAUAAAAAGAAAAAACUGGAUGAGGAUAAAAGAAAAAAAGAAGACAAAGAGAGGAAGAAAAAGGAAGAGGAUAAAGUAAAGGCAGAAGAAGAGCAAAAGAAGAAAGAAGAGGAAGAAAAAAAGAAACUUGAAGAGGAAGAGAAAAAGAAGCAAGAGGAGGAAGUCAAACGUCAACAAGAAGAAGCAGCUGCUCAGCUGAAAGAAAAAGAGGAAGCACACCAGUUGCAUCAGGAGGCUUGGGAGCGCCAUCAGGCAAGGAAAGAGCUUCGCAGCAAAAACCAGAAUGCACCAGACAAUCGUCCUGAGGAAAACUUCUUCAGCAGACUAGACUCCAGUCUGAAGAAGAACACAGCUUUUGUUAAGAAGCUAAAAACCAUUACGGAGCAACAAAGGGACUCCUUGUCCCACGAUUUUAAUAGCCUGAAUUUAAGCAAAUACAUUGCAGAAGCAGUAGCUUCCAUUGUGGAAGCCAAACUGAAAAUAUCAGAUGUGAACUGCGCUGUGCAUUUGUGUUCUCUCUUUCACCAGCGCUACGCUGAUUUUGCCCCUUCCUUACUUCAGGCUUGGAAAAAGCAUUUUGAAGCAAGGAAAGAAGAGAAGACUCCCAACAUUACAAAGCUAAGAACUGAUUUGCGUUUCAUUGCAGAAUUGACUAUAGUUGGGAUUUUCACUGACAAGGAAGGUUUGUCUUUAAUCUAUGAGCAACUUAAAAAUAUUAUUAACGCUGAUCGAGAAUCCCACACUCAUGUUUCUGUGGUUAUCAGCUUUUGUCGGCACUGUGGAGAUGACAUUGCUGGUUUGGUACCAAGGAAAGUAAAAACUGUUGCAGAGAAGUUUAACUUGAGCUUUCCUCCUAGUGAGAUAAUUAGCCCAGAGAAACAACAGCCCUUCCAGAAUUUGUUGAAGGAAUACUUUACGUCUUUGACCAAACACCUGAAAAGGGACCACAGGGAGCUACAAAAUAUUGAAAGACAAAACAGGCGCAUUCUUCACUCCAAAGGCGAACUGAGUGAAGAUCGACAUAAGCAAUAUGAGGAAUUUGCGAUGUCGUAUCAGAAACUGUUGGCAAAUUCUCAGUCUCUAGCUGAUAUUCUGGAUGAAAAUAUGCCUGACCUUCCCCAGGACAAACCAACACCUGAGGAACAUGGACCUGGCAUUGAUAUUUUCACACCAGGAAAGCCUGGAGAAUAUGACCUGGAAGGGGGUAUCUGGGAAGAUGAGGAUGCUAGAAACUUCUAUGAGAAUCUCAUUGACUUGAAAGCUUUUGUGCCAGCAAUUUUGUUUAAAGAUAAUGAAAAGUGUUCUCAGAGUAAGGAUUCCAGCAAAGAUGAAACAAGAGAUUCAAAAGAUGCCAAAGAUAAUAAGGAAACAGCUCCUGGGAGUGAGGAUUUGGAGUUGGAGCUGGAAAACCUGGAUAUUAAUGAUGAUCCCCUGGAACUGGACUGUGGAGAUGAAGCGGAAGAUCUUACAAAAAAGCUUCUUGAUGAACAAGGCAAGAGAGAGGGAGCAGAUAGCACCGGAGCUGACAGUAGUGACGGAAAACAAGCUGAAAGAAAACAAGAGGAUGAAGAAGCCAGUACUGGAUCUCAUUUAAAACUUAUAGUUGAUGCUUUUCUUCAGCAGCUUCCAAACUGUGUGAACAGAGACCUCAUAGAUAAGGCAGCCAUGGAUUUUUGCAUGAAUAUGAAUACAAAAGCCAACAGAAGAAAACUAGUACGAGCGCUUUUCAUAGUUCCUAGGCAAAGGUUGGAUUUGCUACCAUUUUAUGCAAGGCUGGUUGCCACAUUGCAUCCCUGUAUGUCUGAUGUAGCAGAGGAUCUUUGUUCCAUGCUGAAAGGGGAUUUCAGAUUUCAUGUAAGAAAAAAGGACCAGAUCAACAUUGAAACAAAGAACAAAACUGUGAGAUUUAUUGGUGAGCUUACCAAGUUUAAGAUGUUCUCCAAAAAUGAUACUCUCCACUGCUUAAAGAUGCUUCUGUCAGACUUUUCUCAUCACCAUAUUGAAAUGGCAUGUACUCUGUUGGAAACCUGUGGAAGAUUUCUCUUUAGAUCACCAGAAUCUCACUUAAGAACCAGUGUUCUUUUGGAACAAAUGAUGAGAAAAAAACAAGCAAUGCAUCUGGAUGCACGCUAUGUUACAAUGGUAGAAAAUGCCUAUUACUACUGUAAUCCUCCUCCAGCUGAAAAAACUGUGAAGAAGAAGCGUCCUCCCUUGCAGGAAUACAUUCGUAAGCUUCUCUACAAGGAUCUCUCAAAGGUCACCACUGAGAAGGUCCUGAGACAGAUGCGCAAGCUGCCUUGGCAGGAUACAGAAGUGAAAGACUAUGUUAUAUGCUGCAUGAUCAACAUCUGGAAUGUGAAAUAUAAUAGCAUUCACUGUGUAGCCAACCUCUUAGCAGGGUUGGUCCUUUACCAGGAAGAUGUUGGAAUUCACGUUGUGGAUGGAGUGCUAGAGGAUAUUCGACUAGGAAUGGAGGUUAACCAGCCAAAGUUUAACCAGCGGCGGAUCAGCAGUGCCAAGUUCUUGGGGGAGCUUUACAAUUAUCGAAUGGUGGAAUCAGCUGUAAUAUUUCGAACUCUAUAUUCAUUCACAUCAUUUGGUGUGAACCCUGAUGGUAGUCCUAGUCCACUGGAUCCUCCAGAGCAUCUUUUCAGAAUCAGACUUGUAUGUACAAUCCUUGAUACCUGUGGGCAGUAUUUUGACAGAGGAUCCAGCAAACGAAAACUUGAUUGCUUCCUUGUAUACUUUCAGCGGUAUGUUUGGUGGAAGAAAAGUCUGGAUGUCUGGACAAAAGACCACCCAUUUCCUAUAGACAUUGACUAUAUGAUUAGUGACACACUGGAACUCCUCAGACCAAAGAUAAAGCUCUGCAGUUCUCUGGAGGAGGCUAUCAGACAGGUGCAAGACUUGGAACGAGAAUUCUUAAUAAAACUAGGACUUGUGAAUGACAAAGAUUCCAAAGAUACCAUAACAGAAGGAGAGAAUCUGGAAGAGGAUGAAGAAGAAGAAGAAGGUGGAGCAGAGACAGAGGAACAAUCUGGAAAUGAAAGUGAAGUCAAUGAGCCAGAAGAAGAGGAGGGCUCUGACAACGAGGAGGAGGAAGGCGAAGAAGAGGAGGAAGAAAACACUGAUUAUCUUACAGAUUCUAAUAAGGAAAAUGAAACAGAUGAGGAAAAUACAGAAGUAAUGAUUAAAGGAGGAGGGCUUAAGCAUGUCCCUUGUGCAGAAGAUGAGGACUUCAUUCAGGCAUUAGAUAAAAUGAUGCUGGAAAAUCUUCAGCAACGGAGCGGUGAAUCAGUUAAAGUACAUCAGCUGGAUGUUGCUAUUCCUCUACAUCUCAAAAGCCAACUGAAGAAGGGUCCCCCGCUUGGGAGUGGGGAAGGAGAGUCGGAGUCUGGAGACACCAUGCCCUUUGUCAUGUUAACACGAAAAGGCAACAAACAGCAGUUUAAGAUCUUAAAUGUACCGAUGUCUUCCCAACUUGCUGCAAACCACUGGAACCAACAGCAAGCUGAACAGGAGGAGAGAAUGCGGAUGAAAAAGCUCACUUUGGAUAUCAAUGAACGCCAAGAACAAGAAGACUACCAGGGUGCUGUGUGUAAAGUGUUCCUUCAAGGGAAAAAUGAAUGAUGAAGGAAUAGCUUUUCCUGCAGCUGAUGUCCAUUUUAAAAUUGAUUCAUUUCUCUUGGUUGUUUCUUGUUCGCCUGGGUGACACACGAAGUAAAACCAAACCAAACUGAAAAGGAUGUGUUAAUCCAAUAGACUGCACAAGUCAAAUGGCAUUUCUGUUUAGAGCUACUUGUGAAUACACACGUUUUUAAAUAUGUGUGUGUAUUAAAAUGUUGUGCAGUUGAUUGGUCCUUUUGAAGAGAAUCCUUGCCCAUAACAAGUUGGAACAUACAGACAUGAAAGAAAGAGUUGGUUUUAACCUUCUGUUUCAGGCUUUGAAGUUACCAAGGGAGUUAAAACUCCUGAAGAGUUCCUCAAGGUUGUCCUAACAUAUAUACCUAACCUACAUAAAUGAGAAAAGCCUUAAUGAAUGAAAAUUCACCGGUGCAAAGUACUUCAAAGUACUAUUAAAUAAUAAGCAUAACUAAAUGUAGUUGAUUAUUACAGACAUGUUAGUGUAAACAUGCGUGGUACCAGGUGACUACACAAAAAAAAAACCAGCCCAAAGUGGAUGCUUCUUCCCUAGAGGAUGGCAGCACACCUCAGCCUAGCUAAUCCGCCGUGUUCCACCGUGUUCCCUUGCCACGUAUUCCCUUUAUCUUCUUGUUUUCUCUGUUUCUCUAUUACUGACUUUUCACAAACUGCACUGAUUUUGUUGCACAGAGGAGACAGGCACGUACACGGUUCAUUGCUUGCUUCUAGCACCUGCCAGACAGCGCACCAUAAUCUGUGCUUAUUUUCUUCCUGGUCUUGUCGUUGCCUUGUUAUGGAGAUCUGUCCUGCUACACAGAAUUGUUUUGAAGGAUGUUGCUUUCUGACCUUUACAGACACGGGCUGUUCAGUGUCCUGAGUGGCUUUCUGUGUGUUUUUUCCAGGUUUUGAUUCCAGAUACAUGGUUUACUAAUAGUUGUGUAUUAAAUCAUUCAUAGGUUCAUAGUUUAUCCAAGAUUGGAUGGGUGACUCACUGAAAGCUUUGCAUGCGUUUUGUAAAUGACGAUAAAAUCUCAGGAGUCUCCAGUUCUGCCUUGUGCAAGUCUUUGGGACAGUGGUGGAAGUUUGUUUCUUGCAGGCAGUGAGCACGUGUCUCCAGUUCCAGAUUGGAGAUGAGCAGAGAUUAGGGAACCAGACAGAGCAGACUUUCAAACAUAAUCUGUUUAACAGCUUACUCCACUUUUCCCCUUUAUUUAUUCCAUCUGUUUGCUGAGCAAUGAAGAGUCUUGCACGGGUAGACUGUCAGAAAUAUUUGUGUUUGAUGCACUGACGUUUGGACAGAGGUUAUGUGAAGGUUCCUGCUGCGUAUUUGUAAUUUUGGGUGCUUAAUAACCAUUAACUUAGUCUCGUAAAGAGCAAUUUUUAUCUUAACCAAAACGAAGUGCAGUCUUGCCGAGUGCCAACACAUCGUACUUCUACCUGUCUUGAGCUGCCCCAAAUUCUGAUGUCCAGGGCUAACCUGGGUGCUGCGGCCUCGUUCUGCAUCCCCUGAUCACGCAGUGAAAAAUCCCAGCCGUGAGGCAGCUGCUGUAAUGUGGGUCGGCUGAGUCAGCCUCCUCAGGUGUCUGUCUUCUCCGUAAAAUGAUCCUAUUAGGGCUCCUUUAGACAAAGGCCCGACUUCUAGAUGCUAACUUAGGACAAGGUUCUCGCUGAGUUUUUAAUUGAGAACAGCCUUGCCCAACUGUUACUAUUUCAGGGCAGUUUUGCCGUAUGGCUUCUCACGGUGCUGUGACCCUUUAGCCCUCGUUACUGAUACAGUCAGUGGCUGAUAUUUUGGGAAAGAAACGCUGGUAGCUCCCUUCUGAAGCACCUGCAAUGGAAGGCACUGCUGGCACUUCCUUCUGGAGGAACCUCUGGAAAUGCAGGUUCACACUGGGGGCUACUGGGGAUUUGUCCGGGCGAUUUUUUUAA